AUGGCUGAUAAUGACAUCUUAGGCCCCGUGGCCCAGAACGUCAAGGACCAGACUGCAAAGACAUCUGCCGAGUUUUCCAACCUAGCCAAUGCCCGGCAAACACCUCCCCAGACCGCUGCUACCGGCCAACCUUUGACCCAUUAUCAUUCGUUCUUCUCGGAGCUCUUGUCAUGGAACAACCCUCGAGCUUCUGCCAUCGCCUACGCUUCUAUCGUCUCGGCCAUCUUCGUGGCUAGAUACCUCGACGUCAUCCGAUACACCUUCAAGCUCUCGUACAUGGCCUUGGCUGUUACUAUCCUUGCUGAAGUCGCCGGAAAAGCCGUCCUUGGCAACGGUCUUACUACCCAGUUCCGACCCCGCAAGUAUUACACCAUCCCCCGAGAGACGCUUGACGCCUUGAUCGGCGACGCCCACGAACUCCUUAACUUCUUCGUUAUUGAGGCUCAGCGAAUCCUGUUUGCCGAGAAUGUCACCGCCUCAGUUGUGGCUGCUAUUGGAGCAUUCCUUUCCUACUACUUGGUUAAGAUUGUCCCUUACUGGGGUCUUGCCUUGAUCUCCACUACGCUCCUGUUCUUCGUGCCUCUAGUCUACGCGACUAACCAGGAACUCAUUGAUCACUACCUUAAGCAGGCCUCUGAUGUGAUUAACAGCCAAACCGAGCAGCUACGUGAAGUUGCCAGCAAGCACACUUCCCAGGCGACCGAGCUCACCAAGCAAUACGUGGGUGACUACACUGCCAAGGCCCAGCAAAUUCUCCAUGGCCAAACUAAGGCUGCUCCUCAGACCAACCUGAAGGACUCUGACUUCCCUAAGGCCCCUAAGGAGACCUUCCAGAACAAGCAGGAGGAAUCUUCUGAGGAGGAAUCCGAGGAUGAGCAGGUGCCUCUGGUCUCUGCUUAG